AUGAGUCGUGGAUAUUCUGAAAACAAUAAUUUCCCAUAUGACAAUAAUCAAAUGGUUUUGGACAUGAUCCUCUGCUCUUUAAUUGGGGUUCCUCAGCCUAUAAACUGGGACAGCGUGGCAAGGCUAGUGCCGGGCUAUUCAUCCAAAGAAUGUGCAAAAAGGUUUGAUGAACUGAAAAGCAGUGGAAAUUCUCCAGUUGAUAACCAUUAUAACCCACUAAUGGCCAGUGGUGGAAGCCCUGUUGAAAUGCUAGCCACUUACAUAAAAUCCUCGCUUCUUGAUGCCCAGGGAGAGUUACAGGACCCUCCUAGUGAACAAGAUGCCAUUUCCACGAAUGGAAGGCCAAGUGUAGCUUCCUCAAGGAAUUGCUCUUCAGAAAGUGAGAAAUGCCCUGCACAUAAAGGUGGAGAAAAUGCUGAUGAAACACAAGGGCCAAAUAUGGUGAUCCAUGUAUGUGAUGAAGCAAAAAAUCUGAAGGAAGAUUUUGUUUGCCCACGCGAUCUUUUGAUUUCUGAAAUGAAGUACUUUGCUGAAUAUCUGUCAAUGGAUGCCCAGCGCUGGGAAGAGGUGGACAUUUCUGUUCACUGUGACGUUCACAUCUUUAACUGGUUGAUAAGAUAUGUUAAAAGGAACACUAAGGAGUAUGAGGUGCAUGAAAUCCCCGCCUUAGAGCCAAGCAAUGUUAUUUCAAUUCUCAUUUCCUCGGAAUUCCUGAAGAUGGAUUCCUUGGUGGAAAAAUGUAUUCACUAUUGCCACAAAAAUAUGAGUGCUAUUGUAGCCACACCAUGCAACAUGAACUGUAUCAAUGCUAAUCUCGUGACAUGCAUAGCUGAUCUCUUCACGCAUAAUGAAGUGGAGGAGGUGAAGGACAAGAGAGAUAAAUUUAAGAGCAAACUUUUUUGCAAGAAGAUAGAAAGGUUGUUUGAUCCCGAGUACCAGAACCCAGAUUCUCAGGGCAGCGCAGCAACACUAUAUAGGUGCUGUUUAUGUAAGAAACUUCUGAUUAAGGAAACUGAAAGAAGAAUCCCAUGUAUUCCUGGAAAGAUCAACGUGGAUCAGCAUGGAAAUAUUAUCUAUGUCCACAUAAGAGACAAAUCUUGGGAUGUCCACGAAUACUUGCUGAGUCUUUUUGAAGAGUUGAAAUCUUGGCGAGACGUGUAUUGGCGUCUCUGGGGAACUAUCAAUUGGCUGACCUGUUCGAGAUGCAAUCAAACAUUCCUGUGUACUGAAUUCUCACAUUGCCAGUAUCACACUCAACCAGUCCUCUACCCAGGCAUUGCAAGUGCUCUUGGUUCCCCCGGCAUUGGAGUCUAUGCCUGCUGUAACCAAAAGGUUCUUAGGUUUGAUCCUGCUCCACUUCCAAAAGGGUGUAAAGUGAGGGAUCAUGUGAUUGGCAUCCCUGCUGGAGGCGAAGGUGGGGAUGCAGUGCCCUAUCAGACCGCCAAGAUACUGAAUGACCUGUGUCAGCACAGAAGUGUCAUAGUAGUGCCUUUUGAAAAAGAUCUAAACAGUGAUUCUGGAAUUGGGCUGUGUGAAGAGAAGAGUAUUGACUGUGAUGUGCUUUUGGAGCCAAAUUCACCGUGGGGUCCUAAAACAGGAGAAAUUAAUGCGUUUCUUUCUCUGAAAAACUGGACUCUGCAGCUGAAACAGCAGUUGUUGCUCUCGGAAGAUGAUGAAUAUACAACUGGGUCUGAGGUCACGGAGGAUGAAGUAGGCGAUGAAGAAGAAGUGUACAAGAAACCAGGAAGAAAAGAGAGGCCAAAGAAGUUAAUCAAACAGCCAAAGAAGCAGGGGUCUUCUCCCAGCAUCCAAAAGAAGGAAAAAGUAUUGGAGAAGUCUAACUCUCGAGAUGCAUCUCCUUUUGUUGUGAGCAUGCAACAGAGUAAAUGGGAUGCUUCCAGAUCACUGAGGUUCAACCAAGAUGCUCAGAGAGAAGAAGAUCAACGGAGAAUGGCUGAGAUAACGGGGCACCUAAUAAAAAUGAGGCUGGGAGAACUUGACCGAGCAAAAUCGAAAGAGAACAAAGAAUCUGCAGCUGGGAUUUAUGCAAGGCUCGAGGCUCAGAUCAGGGCAGCGGCACAAGCCAACACCCGCCAGAACAUCCCAGAAAAAAAUACAAGGACUAAAAACCGCUUUGGCCCAGGCCGUCCAACGUAACAAACAAACUUGCUCCAGAACAGAAGCCAAAGCACUUUUCUGCCUCCUCAGACCGCAGCGGACUUCUGCUCCUGGGG